AUGAAGAAGGUACAGCGCGGUCACGUCACUCUCAAAUGCUGGGAUCUUGGUGGUCAACCGCGCUUCCGGCCCAUGUGGGAGAGGUAUUGCCGUGAUGUCAACGCCAUCGUGUUCAUUGUGGAUAUUGCCGAUGUUGACAUCCUCCCCAUGGCACGAGAAGAGCUGCAUUCUCUCAUGAAUCAGCCGUCACUGGAAGGCAUUCCACUUUUGGUACUUGGAAACAAGUCCGACUUGGAAGACAAGUUAACCGUCGAUGAGCUCAUCGAUGCGAUGGAUCUGAAGAGCAUCGGUCACCGCGAGGUCUCCUGCUAUGGGAUUAGCGCAAAGGAAGAGACCAAUCUUGAUGCCGUGAUUCAGUGGCUCGUAAAGUUUGCGAAUAACAGAUGA